CGGGUCAGUCCACGUCCGCCACUGAUCGCAAGAUGACGCUCCCGGUGAAGCUGCCCCUCAACUGGAUUCCCAUGGUGAUGGUGAUGGUGAUGCUGCUCCUGGUCGGCAGCCAGGCCAAUCCGCAGCAGUUUCUGCUGGCCGAGGAUUUGGUGACGGGUACGGGUGCCGGAUCGGGAACUGCUGCUGGAACAGGAACCGGAAAUGGUGCCGAUACCGUGCCCAUCAACGAUCCUUCUGAUCUGAGUGCUGGUUUAAAUUUCGCGCCCGUGGGCAAUCUGAUUGCGGCCGCUGCGAAUGCCGUGCCCCCCGCCCCCGUUCAAUUUAUUCGCACGGCCAUGAACAGCGGGCUCUGACCGCCAGGUGGCGCUAGCCUGGAUUCUUGGCCACCCCAAAAAUAAUUAUCUCUAAUUUUUAAGCGCCUUUUUAAGCACCACUUUUAAUUACUCUGUUAAGCGUUUAUUUUGGCGUUUUUCAGUUGCCUUGUUUUGUUUUGUUUUUUCUUUUUUUUUUCUGUUUUGCUUGUUGACUUUGUAUGUGCGUUUGUGUUGAGCAAAAUGCUAUAAAUGAGUUUAUGAGACUUGUUUUAUCUGGUUAUGACUUUUUGUAGCGAUAAAAAGUGUGCAAUUGGGAUAACUCAGUCUCAAAAGCAAUUUGUUAUCUGAAUCUGUUAUCGGGGAACUCUCUAUUAUAUAUUGUUUUUGCUCUUUUUUUUUACCCUACUUUGUUUUUUGAGCGAAAGGGGAUUAAAGUACAGUGAUGCAGAUGAAAAAUUCUCACAAAAUUACAACUAAGAAAUUUCUGUUAUAAUGUAAACUAUCGUUUUCCCACAAAAACCAAAAUAAAAUUAUCUUUGAAUAAGUUUAUUGCUGUUUAAUGAUGAAACUACAGCUUUUCUGCGGAAAAUGAAUGACCAAUUGGUCUCGUUAUCAAUAAUAAAAAGAAACAUAUAUUUUUUAUUGAACUUAAUCGAUAAUUAUAUUGCUUAUGGUUGCUACAUAUAUAGCAAUAUAAUGUAAUUGGAAGAAUUUAGUUCGAAUGAGCUUGCAACUGAGAUGAAUUAGAGGUUUACACCCAUUUCAGAACUGGAAAUGUCACUCAAACAAGAGCAGAUUUCGAUUAGGAUUCUGCUGCUAAUGAUGAUGAUGCCGAUACACACACAAAAAUAAUUAUGGCUUCUAAUGAGGUAUUAAAGCAAUGUUCAUUUUUGAAAAUUUAAAAGAUAUUUGAUUAUAUACCUUUUUAAAAUGACUAUUUUCUCAUUUGCAUAAGCAAAUACAUAUAGAAAUUUCUAAGUUUGUAGGCAUUUAAUGGACAAAGAAAAUAGAAAUCACAAAUUUUCCCCACCUUUUCUUUGGGUUUCGAUAUAAUUUUGAUAGCUCUAUGUUUAGUGUAAUAGAUGGGUUCCAUCGAGUUAUAGGUUUUUUUAUAAUAAUAGCUAUAAACGUGUGGUCACGAACGAAAGCAGAAUAGAAAUCGACUUUUGCUGAAUCCCCAGAAAAAGGCAAAAAUCUGAGAAAUGUAAUGGACUACACAGUGUAAAAGAUAUGUGAUCUUUUUUUUUGUUUUCUAUUAAUGAGAGUAUAAGUUUCUGAUUCCUAAUCUGGACCUGAAAUUGGGUAUCAAUGCUGGAAAAUUAUGAUUUGGAUAAUUAGUAAAACCUUAAUAACAGGCGAAAGGAUUAAAGUUUAUGAGUAUCUUUCAAGUUUUUGAAUUUCUUUCAAGUUUUUGAAUUUCAACAUG